CCUGGAAUAAUGGUGAACGACGGCGUUCGCGCUAAAAUGGCUUUGCUUGCACAACAAAUAAUUGAUGCCUUGCCUGAUCGAAUCAAGAAUGAUGCUCAUCCGCUCAUUGACGAUGAUUCCAUAUCAGCUGAUGUGAGUGGUCAAUCGUCGUUUGCCUACCCGGAUCCUAAUCCUUUUCUCUCACAUCUUUCACAUGAUGCACCAGCGGAUUGGGAGUUUCAGCAGUAUUUUGCAAAUAACCAUUAUCGAGUGCCUAACGACAAGUCUACUGAAGAUGUGCUUUCAUCAUUCUCAGGCCAACCGUCCAGUCCAUCGUUUGACCAAAAUCAUUUGUAUGCGAAUAAGGCUGGAACCAGCUCUUUUGGAUCAUCGCGUGAGAAUACCCUUGAAGGCACCAGUUUUGACUUUGAUAAGUAA